AUGGCAGGGGAUAUAACUAUUACUUGUGCUUCUGGUUCUUCAAGUGAAAAUGUGUCUAUCAAUAUCACUGAUUCUUUAAAAGAACAAUAUAAAUCUGCUUUACCAGCCUUUAUGGUUAGAACAGAUAUUUUGACACAUUAUUCAAAGAAUCAUAUUAAUGAGACGUUGAUUACUCAAGAAGACGAAC